UCCUACCCUGAUGCAGGAGAGGGCUUGUUUUGAAUACUCCUCAACUAUUUCCAUGUUUAACUCUACUCCCCACAAAGAGCUUCACCUGUUCUAAAGGUAACCAUGAAAACAGAAGAAGCUACAUUUCUGAUGUGAUGCUUGAAAGUUAAUGACUGCCUAUCACGUUUUUGCGAACAUUAAGUAUGACUUAGAAGCUUUGAAGGUUUAUGAUGUCAUCAGUUUCGACAGAAAGCAAACUCCAGCCUGCAGUGAGCCUGCAAGGAAUUGACCCAGAAACAUGCAUGAUUGUGUUUACAAACCACUGGGCACAGGUUGUGAAAAUCUUCGAGAAGCAUGACCCCUUGAAGAACACACAGACAAAAUAUGGCUCCAUCCCCUGAGAUGAGGCCAGCGCUGUGCAGAACUAUGUAGAACACAUGCUCUUCCUGCUAAUUGAAGAGCAAGCCAAGGAUGCUGCGAUGGGGCCAAUUCUGGAAUUUGUGGUCUCAGAGAACAUCAUGGAGAAGCUCUUCCUGUGGAGGUUGAGGCGUGAAUUCACUGAUGAGACUAAAAUGGAGCACCUAAAGAUGUAUGAGAUGUUAGUCACAUCCCACCGGCCCCUGCUGCACCAUAAGUCCAUUCUGAAGCCCUUGAUGAUGCUGCUGAGCUCUUGUUCCGGAACAACCACGCCUGUUGUGGAGGCCAAGCUGGUUGUCCUGCUCAAUCAGCUCUGCUCCAUCCUUGCCAAAGAUCCAUCCAUUCUGGAACUGUUUUUCCACACCAGUGAAGAUCAAGGGGCCGCCAACUUCCUCAUCUUCUCUCUCCUGAUCCCCUUCAUUCACCGUGAGGGGACAGUAGGCCAGCAAGCUCGAGAUGCUUUGCUGUUUAUCAUGUCUCUCUCUGCCCAGAACAGCAUGGCCCAUCACAUCGUGGACAACACCUACUUCUGUCCAGUGCUUGCAACUGGGCUCAGCGGGCUCUACUCUUCUCUGCCCACAAAACUGGAGGAGAAGGGUGAGGAAUGGCACUGCCUUCUGAAGGACGACUGGCUGCUGCUGCCGUCCCUUGUGCAAUUCAUGAACUCCCUAGAGUUCUGCAAUGCAGUCAUUCAGGUGGCACACCCCUUGAUCCAAAAUCAGCUUGUCAAUUACAUUUACAAUGGAUUCUUGGUACCAGUCUUGGCUCCUGCCCUCCACAAGGUGACUGUGGAGGAGGUCAUGACACCCACCACAUACUUCUUCCUGCGCAGCAUCUCAGAGCCCGCACUGCUGGAGCUCUUCCUGCGCUUCAUCCUGCUGCACCAGCAUGAGAACGUGCACAUCCUGGACACGCUCACCAGCCGGAUCAACACCCCGUUCCGGCUCUGUGUGGUGUCCCUGGCAUUAUUCAGAACUCUCAUUGGUUUACAUUGUGAAGACGUGAUGCUCCAGCUAGUCUUAAGGUGA